ACCGGCCAGUUCUGAGCUCUCCCAGAACUCUCUCUGGCGCCGAGGUAUUUCACGCCGGCCGAGAUACAAGGCAAAAGUUCGAACUCGAAACCUCCCGGAAAGUAGUACACUGUUACUGGAGAUAAGACUUUUUUGAGGUGCAGGGCUUCUCCCGGUUUGCUUUUGCAGUUUUGAGAUGGCGCCAUCCACCUCCCAAUCAAAUGCCAAAGCAUCAUCAGUUGAACUGGACGAAGAAAUUCAAGGAGAUUCAAUCGUCUCCAGCGACUAUCGUUUUUCCAGAAUCGGACUCACAAUUCCUGUCAAAUCCGAUGGCAGUUCGCCAUUUGACACUGAAAACGAAGUUCCUCCGUUACAGCCUCUAGCCGUCUCAGAACGCUUUCGCCUUACCUUUGUAGCCCACUCCGAUGGGUUUUAUGUAGCGAGGACAAGUGAAGUUUUGGCGUCCGCCAAAGAGCUUAAAGAGAAGAAUAGUAGACUCUCUGUCCAGGAAAUUUGUAUUGUGGAUAUUUCUAUUGGAAGAGUUUCCAUUUUGGCCUUGUCUGGGGAUGAGUCCUUGCUUGCUGCUACUGUGGGUAGUAAAAUCUACUUCUUCCCCGUCAGCACCAUACUCCAUAAGGAGCAAGACCCAUCCUUCUCAUUUUCAAUAGAUGGCUCAAGUUUCAUCAAGGACAUGCAAUGGGCUAAACAAGAAGAGAAGAUUUAUCUUGUUCUUUCAAGUGAAGGGAAAUUGUUUUGUGGACGAGGUCAAAAUCAUGCUAAUUGUGUAAUGGACAAUGUUGAUGCUGUUGGAUGGAAUAGAAAUGGUGAUCGUAUUGCUGUUGUGAAGGACAAUACCAUCAGUAUCAUGUCCUCACAGUUUGAGGAAAUGCUAAGCUUGGUGCCAUCAUUCAGCUCAUUUCUUAAUGAUUGUCAUGGUGAAUCUGUAGUUAAAGUGGACACUGUCAGGUGGGUUCGUCCAGAUAGUAUUGUGCUAGGAUGCAUUUGCAUGAAUGAUGAUGAGGAUACAUAUGCUUUGCAAGUCAUCACAAGCAAGAAUGGUAAAAUUGAUGAUGACUCCUCCAAGCCAGUGGUUCAGUCAUUCACUGAUGCCUUUGCAGAUUAUCAUUCUGAUGUCGUUCCUUUGACUAGUGGGCCUCAUCUCUUUUGUAGCUACUUAGACAACCUUGGGCUUGCAUUUGCUGCAAACAGAAGGAAUCUGGAUCAGCAUAUUUUAUUAUUUGGUUGGUCAGUAGGGGAGGGGACAAAUAAAAAUGCAAUGAUUGAAAUUCAGGUUGAUUCUUGGCACCCAAAAAUUUUGUCUCAAGAAGCUGGAGAUGAUAUUUUUGUCUUGGGGCUUGCUAUUGACAAGGUUUCCCAACAGAAAGGACUCAAAUUAUUGCUCGGCAACAAUGAAGAAAAAGAGGUUUCACCCUGCUGUGUUCUUCUAUGCCUUGCUAGUGAUGGGGGGCUUUCAGUUUUUCACUUUGCUAGUGCUAGAAGUGAGUCAGUUACAUCUCCAGUCAUUGCAUGCCCUGAUGAAAAUGAUAAUAUUUCUACAGUUUUGCUAUCAGAAGUUAUGAAAAAAGAUGUAGAAGAUAUAGGGUGGAAACCUAAUGAUCUAGAUGUCAGUGAAUCAGAUAGAAAAGCUGCUGAGACUGUUCAAAAGUGCACUCAGCCAUCCAUGCUUUCCCUGGAGGGCUUUGAGACCAGAAACUUGGGAGCCAAACCACUUCCAAAGUUAGUGAUUGAGGAUAAGAAUAAACUCUUUGGUCAGAUUCCAAGUCAAGUUACAUCGGCAAAUACUUCUGCAGUGGCACUACCAGAAGCUGUACGGUCUCACAUCAUUUCUGAAGUUAAGGAGAAACAUGUAGAAGACAUGUCAUUGAAAUCGAAUGAUCUAAAUGUAAGUGAGUCUGGUUUAAAAGCUGCUGGAGUUGCUCAAAGGAGUACCCAACAACAUGAUAUUAGAAAUAUAAAUCAGGAAGCCAAUCCACUUCUCAACUUAUCGAAUGAGGAACACCUCAAAUCCCCUCCUAGUAAGCUAAGUCAAGAUAGGGAUAAGCCGCAAUCACCUCUGCGUGUAAAACAAGAUAAAGAUCUGGAAGAUCCAUCAUUGGAUGCAUCUCAUGCUGCAAACACAGAAAGUCCAUGUGACAGUUUAAGUGUGAAAUCAAUGCAUACAUCAGCUGAAGCCAAGAAUAGUAUAGGUUCUGCUUCUGUGAAACCCUCAAAUGAUUACAGCCAAUUAAUUGGAAAAAGUACACAACGAGAUUCUCUAGUUGCGGUGCAAGAGAGGACAGUAUCAACUGGUUUUUCUAAUGGUGCAUCUUCUACUGGCAGCUUAAGAAAUGACAAAAGUUCUCCCUUACAAACCUUUGGUAACACUCAACAGAAAGAUGCAUGUAAUUCUGAUAGAACUAUGCUUCCUUUUCCUGGAGGUCAUCUCCAAAGCGCUAUACCAUGGACUCAGACUAACUCAGCUUCAGUUGAUUCCUCUAAGCAAAGAGUCAUGCCUUGGGCUCAGAGCAUUAAGUCAUCAUCUUCAUUGGAGCAAAAUGUAUCAUUGGAGAAGUCUUCAAAGCUUCAACCUGCAAGGGAUUCAUCAGAGAGGAUCCGGUCCAAGCAGUUUCACAAUGUUGAAGACAUGACCAGAAAGUUGGACGGCCUUCUACAAGAUAUAAAAGGUGAAGGGGGUUUUAUGGAUGCAUCCAUUUCCAGUCAGGAGAGUUCAGUUGUAACUUUAGAAGAGGGCAUACAUGCUCUAUCUUCGAAAUGCAGAACAUGGAGGGGAAUAGUUAGUGAGCAAAACGAAGAGAUUCAUCUGCUCUUUGAUAAGACAGUAAAAGUUUUAGCCAAGAAAGUGUACAUGGAGGGCAUUUUCAAGCAGGCCACUGAUAGCAGAUAUUUGGAUAUGUGGAGUCGCCAGAAAUUAUGUCCUGAACUUGACUUAAAGCAAGUACAUAUAAAAGAUAUGCAGAAGGUCCUAACAAAUCAACUCAUUGAAUUGGAAAAACAUUUCAACAUUCUUGAGUUAAAUACUUUUGGUAGACGUGAAGGAAUCUCAAUGAAUCGGAGGUCCUCACAAAGCAAUCAUGAACAAGGAAGGCACACCCACUCCUUGCAUAGCUUACGUGGAACGGUGAAUGCGCAACUAGCAGCAGCAGAACAGCUCUCUGGAAAUCUCUCAAAGCUGAUGACUGAUUUGAACAUAAAGUCUACUGCAUGCAGGCAUAAUGUGAGAAAGGAAAUGUUUGAAACAAUUGGACUGUCCUAUGAAGACAGCACUAAUAGCACCCCUGGUAAGGAAAUGAUUUUGAGUACGCCAUUAAACAGGGAAAGGUCUGUUUCUUUUACUGCCAAUGAGCAGUCCUGGAGAAAGCAAACAAAUGCUACAAAAAGUUCUGAACCAGAAACAGCAAGGAGGCGCCGUGAUUCUUUGGAUCGGAACUGGGCUUGUUUUGAGCCCCCAAAGACGACUGUGAAAAGAAUUCUCCUGCAAGAAGAUUACAAGAAGGCAAGUGCUACGAGAUCAUCUUUGUCUGCUUAUAAACAGCGAUCUGAUUCUAAGUCGCAUGAAAGAUCAACUAUAGCUGCGUCAAACGUCUCUGGAGCCUCAAGCACUUCUCAACAAAAAUUCAAAACCACCGAAAUCUCAGAAGAAAUAUGCAGUAGAAGUUCUGCUCGCUCUCUUUGGUCUGAUGACUCUGGAAAGUCAGCAGAGAAACUUCCAUCAGCAAUAAAUUUCUCAAUGCCGCCUUCGCUGGAUGAAACCAAGUCCACCUUUUCUGGUCAAAAUAUUCGGGAAGGUGUGACAUUAACCAAUGAGAAUGCAACCAGCGCCACUUGCUUUACCGGGAAUUCAACACCAGGUCAAUCAAAACUCAUUCAGCAGCCUGAAACCAAACUGCAAAAGGCUUCCAUAGACAGUCAGAAUUCCAAUCUAACAAUCAGAGGUGAGAAGGAUGCACCGAUAUCAAGGGGAGGCUUGCAAACUGAAUCAAAGACUAGUUCUGAAUUUUCUUUUUCUGCUGCAACUAGUGCUGAUUCUGCCUCUAGCUUCUCUGGGAAGUUGACGAACAGAGAAAUUGUGGAAAACAAAAGGCAAACUACUGAAAUUGUGGUGGCUACUUCAGGCAAAUCUUUGAGUUUUCCUACUAACCCCAUUUUUCCAUUAACACCCAAUUUGCCACCAUCAGCAUCUCCUUCAUUGCAAGAUUUGCUUCAUUCCCCUUCACCUUCUAAAACCAGUUUACCGUCAAUAUCAGAUAAAUUUCCAUCAGGUGAACUAGCAUCAGAUAAUUUAUUAUCUAUUCCUAAAGCCAUUUCCUAUACGACCCAAUCGUCCUCAGUGUCUCAGUCACCAUCCGUUGCUUCCCAAAAAAGUUCUUUUAAUUUUCCAAUUACUCAGGAAGUGGGGCCAUCACUCGUUACUCCUGACAGUAAAAGACAUGAUCCAAAAUCAUUAUCUCAACUCCCUACCACCGAUGCCGCUUCAAGAGAUACAAUUUCUCGACCUCAACAGUCUCUUCCAAAUGUUGCAUCCAACUCACAAGCUGGAUUAUUGGCCCAAUCAAAAUCAACAAAUGAACAUCCAUCAAAAACACAAUCUGAAAGUCCGCCGAUCACAUCUAGCUUCUCUAGUCUUGCCUUUGGUGUGGGAUUAAAUGAGAAAGAAAAAGAGUCAACUUCUCAGAGUGUCAGUGGGGGAAAAACUGAAAAUACUGCUGGUGCAGUUUUUGAGGAGGAUGAGAUGGAAGAGGAAGCUCCGGAGAUGAAUCAAGUAACUGAGCAGACAUUAGGCAACUUGGCCGGGUUUGGAUUUGGAGUUCCCACUAAUGUGUCUAAUGCAAAACCAAAUCCAUUCGGCACUCCAUUGCCCAAUAACACCCCCAGUCAAACAAGCACUACCUUCACCAUGGCUGCCCCCCCUGAUGGUGAGCUAUUUAGACCAGCGUCUUUUAGUUUCCCAUCACUACAGCCAUCACAGCCUCCAACAAGCUUUAAUAGCUUGCCCGGUGGAUUUGCACCAGGUAAUGCAAGUCAAACUCCUGGGAGUGGGUUUGGCAAACCAUCUCAGAUUGGACCUGGAAAUAGUGCUUUAGGAUCUGUUCUGGGUUCUUUUGGACAGUCAAGACAGCUUGGUACUGGACUACCCGGAAGUGCUUCACCACCCGCCGGUGGUUCUGUAGCUGGUUUUCCAACCAAUAAUAAUACUGCUGGCGGUUUUAGUAGUGGGGCCCUUGCCGUGGGUGGUGGAUUUUCUAAACUGGCGUCAGCUGGUGGUGGUUUUGCUGCAGCCGCCACCGGAGGUGGUGGAUUUGCAGCAGCUGCAACUGCAAGUGGGUUUGGUGCUCCUGCAGCUGGCACAGGUGUUGCUGGGUUUGGUGGUUUUAGCAACCAACAACAACAACCAGGCGGUGGCGGCUUUUCGGCGUUUGGCAAUCCAGCUGCCGCCAGACCAUCGUCUCAACUCUUCACCCAGAUGAGAAAAUAAUACACAAAGCGCGGAGGAGCAACGGAGGCCCUCCUAAAUUUAGGAUGCAGGUUUGGCUUAUCGAAUGAAUGUUUUGUCGUCGUCUCUGUUAUGUUCGUUUUGAAUCGGGGCUUCAUAUUUCCUAUAUAUGUUCGUCCCAAAAUUAACUUCUUUUGCUCGGUGUUUGUAAACUUUGACUUUAAUUAGCAUAUAGUCCUAAUGUUUUAAUUAUUUGUGUAUUAAGGACAAAUUACUUUUACUAAGGUAGUGUUUGAUCCGGG